CAGCUGUUUGCCUCCACAGUUUAGAGACAUGUAGGCGUCAAGCCAAACAUACAUACAGUCCUAAUAAUAUAAUACGGGAUAGUGAUGAGUCUGGUUUAGGUGAAGACUUUACAUGGAGGCAGCGACAUGGCUGCUGCUGCUGCUGCUGCUUUCUUACUGGUAGUUGUAGUGAAUCUCGGCUGUUCUUCUGUCAGUGCGACUGGGGUCUCUGGAAAAAGAUCCUUUUCUAUAGACUACAAAAACAACUGUUUCCUGAAGGAUGGGAAGCCUUUUCAGUACAUCUCAGGCAGCAUCCACUACUCCAGAAUCCCACAGUACUACUGGAAGGACCGGCUCCUGAAGAUGUACAUUACAGGACUCAAUGCUGUCCAAGUAUACGUUCCUUGGAACUUCCAUGAAACAGUGCAGGGCGUCCACAACUUCACAGGGGACAGAGAUUUGGAGCAUUUUUUGGAUCUGGCCAACCAGACGGGUCUUCUGGUCAUCCUGCGUCCAGGGCCGUACAUCUGUGCAGAAUGGGAAAUGGGUGGGCUGCCAGCAUGGUUGCUUCAAAAACCAAACAUAAUACUCCGCUCAGCAGACACAGAUUACUUGCAGGCAGUCAGCAACUGGCUCGCUGUUCUCCUCCCCAAAAUGAAACGCUGGCUCUAUGUCAAUGGGGGUAACAUUAUUACUGUACAGGUGGAGAAUGAAUACGGAAGUUACUUCUCCUGCGACUACAACUACAUGCGUCACCUGCAGACUCUGUUCCGCUUUUUUCUGGGUGAAGACGCCGUCCUGUUCACCACUGAUGGAAACACAGACAGGGAGAUGACAUGUGGGACUCUGCAAGGAUUAUAUGCCACCGUGGACUUUGGCACAGAUACAAACAUAACUGAAGCCUUCAACCGGCAAAGACGAUUUGAACCUCAAGGACCACUGGUGAACUCAGAGUUCUACACCGGAUGGUUGGACCACUGGGGAGAUCAGCACGCCGUGGUUGAUACUCAGAAGGUCAGCAGAGUGCUAGGAGAAAUGCUAACCAUGGGGGCCAACGUCAACAUGUACAUGUUUGAAGGCGGAACAAACUUUGGCUACUGGAACGGUGCUGAUCAUGACACCAGGUUCCGCUCAGUGGUGACAAGUUACGAUUACGACGCCCCGCUGACUGAGGCAGGAGACCCCACAGAGAAGCUGCUGGCCAUCAGAGACGUCAUAUCGCAGUUUAGAGAGGUUCCCUCCGGCCCCCUGCCACCAGCAACUCCAAAGUUUGCCUAUGGCUUUGUGACCAUGAAAAAGGUUGGAAACAUCAGCGAUCUGUUGAGCACCCUUUCACCUCUGGGGCCCGUCAAAUCAAAGUAUCCUCUGACGUUUGAGGAGAUGAAACAGUACUAUGGAUACAUGCUGUAUCGCACAACGCUGCCCAGGGACCUCUCAGAGCCCACGCCACUUAUCUCUCCACUGAAUGGGGUUCAUGACCGUGCAUAUGUGUCCAUCAAUGGGGUUUUCCAGGGCCUACUGGAGAGAGACACUGCACUGGUGAUGAAAGUCACUGGACAGCAGGGCGACACGAUGGACAUCCUUGUUGAAAACAUGGGCAGAGUUAACUUUGGCAGCAAAAUCAAUGACUACAAGGGCCUGUUGAGCAACCUGAUCCUGGGUAAAGACAUACUGACUGACUGGAAGAUUUACCCUCUGGACAUUGACGGAGCCAUUGCCAGUGGAUGGCCUCAUUCAAACAGUCAAAAGUCCGUCCACUCUCCUGAGAGAAACACUCCACCUGGACCAACCUUCUACAUGGGCACCUUACAAACCAAUGGUCUGACAUGGGACACUUUUCUCAAGCUGAAUGAAUGGACAAAGGGCCAGGUUUGGAUUAAUGGCGUGAACUUGGGGCGAUACUGGCCAGCCAGGGGCCCUCAGCAGACUCUGUAUAUCCCUGGACCCCUGCUCAGCGCCACCCAACCCAACAACAUCACAGUGUUGGAGCUGGAAGGAGCCCCGGCACACUUGCGGGUUCUUUUUAUGGAUCGGCCUCAGCUCAACAUCACUGCUGGAAAGUCUUGACACAGAGUUUGGUUGCAUGAUUUAAAAAAAAAAAUACUGUCAAAGUAUCCGUAUAAUAAUUCAUCCAAACCAGAAGUCGUUAUCUCAACAACUGAUCCUGACAUGAGGAAACUGCUAAGAGGAACAAUGCUUUGUUCCACAUUAUUUCUGUGACUUUGUCAUUCUUACACAUUUCAGAUGUCAACGUUUCACAUGUAAACAACUCUUCAUCAGAAACCAUCCAAUGUCAGCUCUUUAACUUUUGGCAUGGCAGCUUCACAGUCCAGCAGUGAUCAUGUUGAUCUUGUCAUUGAGUUUUAAUAUUCACUAAAACUAUGAAAAAAAUAGUGAUGCAUGAACAUUCUAACAAUUUUUUAUUGCAUUUCAUUUUAUCUUUUUCAUAAUCGCUGAAACUGUAAAUAAACUGUACAUUUAUUUCAUGA